UUCAUCAUCAACGUAUUGAUCAAGAGAUUUUAAAGCAAAAGCCAUGGAUUUGAAGCUCAAUCCUGUUUACGAAGAUUUCGAGGUUCACACUGAAUGGGUUCAUGAAUCUGCAGACGACACUUUGAUUGCUUAUUUACCAGGGUUCGGGAAGGAGCAGCUUAAAGUUCAAGUAACAACUAGGGAGAUCCUGAGGCUAUCGGUAGAAAGACCAGUUGGUGAUAACAAAUUCAGCCGUUUUACCAAGGAGGUCCCCAUUCCAUCAAAUUGUGACCAGAACAAAAUCAGAGCAAAUUACAAAGGUGGUAUCCUUUAUAUUAAGUUCCCAAAACUGAUCGUCCCGGUCGACGGGAAUCCGAAAGACGCAAAACCAUCGGCUGAAGACCCGAUUUCAAACUCCGGUCGAAGGGUUGCAGAUGUUCCAGAGAAACAAAACAAUAGUGUAGAACGAGCACUUCAGAAAGAUCCUCCCAAGGCUAAGGAGGCUGACAAAGUUUCAGAGCUAACACCAGGUAAACAAAAGGAAAUCGCAGACAACAACAAAAGCAAUGAAUCUGAUCCCAGGCUGAUGGAAAAGGACACAAAUAGUUCGGAUCAAGAGGAAAAGAGUAGUUCAAUAAGCGAAAAGCCUGUCGAUUCUGGCCGAAAUGCUGUUAAAAAAGCUGAUAUAUAUUGGCAGUUAGGGAUCCAUUAUGAAAAAGUUAUUGGGGGUUUAGCCAAGGGGAUAAGGAAUCCAAGGAAAGUUAUGAACAGGGUUUUGGCUGUUCUGUUGGUCGUGGUGCUUGCAGUUUUUGUUAAGAAUGCGAUCAUGUCUAUGAGGAUCUACUAGAACUAAGCUUUAUGUG